UGGAUUUUUAUUAAAUGUAGAUACAAUGAAAGAGCGCAUACGCAAGGCAAGAACAAGUGUAUGAAUGAAAUUUGGUCUAAAAAUGUUCUUCAGUUGUGACAAUUCACUCGCAGACGUCAAACGAUUCAUUGCAAUUAGUGUUGAAACAAAAUACAAACAAUUUGUUGAACAGAAAAUCAACAUAUAUAUAUAUAAUCAACACCAAUUUAUACAAAUUGGAUAUAAAAGCGUGCAAUUAUUAUUUAAUUGAAAAUCAAUUCGAUGUCUUAAACAUAAAAAAAUUAUGAAAAACAGUUUAAAAUAGCACACCUCAUACUUACACUUUAUGUAUACGUUCUUAUAUAUAAAUAUCUAUGCUAUUCUGCGUACUUACUAACGGGUAUUAUUGCUGACAUAACGAUAAAAAUAAACGCAGAAGAGUAGUCAACUUUUCUUGGAGAGAUAAACAGUGCGUUCAACGACACAGCAUUUCAAUGUGCUUGCAGUGUGGAAAAUAUAGAAUUAGAUAUAUAUGUUGCUAUCGGCCUAGUGAAUUUUGAAGAGAUCAGAAAAGGUGAAUUGUAUAAAUAAAGUUCAUGGUCAAGGUCCAGAUUUAGUUUAAUUUGAUAUGAACACAAUGGGUAUUUCAACCGAUCCAGCUUUACUCCAAGUAGAAUUAUCGCAAAAUUUAAUAGAAUCGCCAUCGGUAUCCACGUUCAUGCCAGAGGAGGAAGCUUCUAUCUAUCCAUUACUCUCAUCGAAUACGAAUGGCACCAUAACACCGUUAACUUUCUCCCAUCCCCUAACGCCUUGCAUUGAUAAUGAUAAUGACAGCAACAUGUCGACGAAUCUAUGUAACGAAGAUGGUAAAGUUGAAACUAGCUCGUCAUCGGGUAGCAGCUCGGGUAUUGGUAUAAGUGUACCUAGUGAUAUUGAUGCUUCCACCACUCUGUUUAAUAAGCAUUCGUAUAAGCAUUUGCCGAAUAAUAAUGUAAUUCAGGAUACGAACGGUCACGGGCCUAAUGGGAAUAUUCCUCUACCAAAAGAUACGCCUUCGUUUGUGUCAUGGAAUUGGCCUUUGAUACGCAAAUGUACAUUUUUCGUUUUUAUGUCCAGUCUACUGGCUAUGUGUGCCAUCGUUGUGGCUAUGAUAGUAACGCUACCUAACGUCUGUAAUCCCAAAACGGUUUGGUAUCGCGGUAAUGUAUUCUAUGAGAUCUUCCCAGCCAGUUUUCAAGAUUCAGACAACGAUGGCGUAGGAGAUUUACGAGGCAUAGCGAAGCGUAUCGAUUAUUUGAAAGCAUUAGGGGUAACAGCUAUUCGCCUUAACUCCGUGUUUAAUUCACCUCACUAUCCAGAAGACUUCGAAAACGUUACAUCACUAAAGAUCAUCGCACCUUACUUGGGUGAUUUAGAUGAUAUGCGUCAAUUGACCCGCAUGCUUCAUAGCAAUAACAUCUCGAUUAUUUUAGAUGUACCUUUGCAUCCAUUUAUAAAAGAACUGGGCGAAUCAAGUGGAGGCCUGUUUAAUAAUAAUUCGAUUAACGAGAACGCUGACGAUGACCAGUAUGAGAUUACCACACAGCGUCAAAUCGUUGUCACUAAGAAUCUUAUUACCGAAUGUUUGCAAUAUUGGCUUGAGAUGGGUAUAGACGGCUUUUACGUCAAAGGUUUAGAACAUGUUGAGGAUAUAGAAAAUUUACCUUAUCAUUUAAUUGAAUGGAAGAACCUUUUAGGUAUGGAUAAGGUUCUUAUAAUUGAAGUUGGAGUUCUUUCGAAAUUAUCACUCAGCCAAAGGCAAUUAGCUCUCAUGCAUGUUGAUCUAAUCGAUGUUCACUUGGAUGUUUUUGCGGGAACUAGCCAACUGGAGAAAAAAUUAAAUACGCUAAUGCAGUCUGAAAUGCGGCCCUCAAAAAGUGGUGUAUGGAUACAUUGGUCUCUAGGAGGCGUAGAUAAGAUACGUCUUACCCGAAAUCAAAGUAGUGUCGAUUUUACACUGGCCGCCACUCUUAUGCAACUAAUGCUACCUGGCACAUGCAACAUUUUCUAUGGCGAUGAAAUUGCUUUACAAGCGGCUUAUGACACACUUAACGAGCACAUAGAAACUAAACAUCUGCACCACUUGGCGGUAAUGCGGUGGUCGUUUAAUGACAGCCUACAAUUCACCAAUCGAGAAACACUUCCCUGGUUGCCAAAAUCGCCAGAUGUAGACUUCCAUCAUUUACAAUAUAUCAAAAAAAUGAUAGCUUUACGUAAUCGAUCCCCCUCCAUAUAUAAAAAUGCCAUUUGUAAAACAGAUGCGAUCCUACAAAAUAUGGCUAUCAGGCGUAGUCAUGACGAUAUAUUAGUUAUUGAACGUGUUUAUCCUCGUCGCAAUUCGUUUGUGUCAAUUUCAAAUUUCGGUCGAAAGGGUGUGACUAUGGACAUGACAGCUUUAUACUACAGUGGAAUUGUGAUGUUAAACAAUUCCGAUCAAAAAAUAUAUUUUAGCAAUUUUAAAAUCAAUGCUCAAGAGACCAUUAUUGUGCGCCUAGAUAAGUAAUAUCAGCUCGUUUCAAUUUGUAACAAAUCUUACUAAAGAAUGAAUCUUCCCUUAAACCCUUUUUUUUUUUAAAUAUUUACAAUAAAUAAUGUAAACAAAGUAAAUAAAAGCAAACAAA